AAAAGGCUAACUGGUGAAUAUCGUGAGGAACAGGAACGACGACGGCAAAGUACCAGUCAAGGCGAGGAUGAUGUCUAUACACCAUCGUCUAGUGACGAUCAAACCUACAGGGAGACAAGCUUUUAAAUAA